GGAACAUUUCCCGCCAAAUCCUUCUCACUAAAACCCUCCUCCCACCAGAAACCAUCUCCUUUCUCUCUCUACCUCCAUCCCUCCUCCGCCUCCUUCACCCAGAAACCCUAGCUCUGUCUCUCUGAGCAUCAAUGGCUGCUUCAACUCCUAGAACCAAAACCUUCCAAUCCCCAAACAAAACCCCAACUAACAGCAUCUAUCGCAAAUCGUACCUAUCUCCUUCUUCUUCUUCAGCAACGCGAUCGCAUCUCACUCCCCAAACCCCACAGACUCUCACUCCUCUCCGCAGAUCCGCUCGCCAUGUCUCCCGCAAGAUCGAUCUCGGAGACAACGACCAAGAGAAUCUCAAUCCUCCGAUUGAAGAAAUGAAUCUCAUCCGAAAGCGGGAGAGAGCGCCCAGAAAACAACCCACCGAUGAUCUCCAAACUCCGAAGAAGAGCAAAUCCAAAUCCAAUGUCGACGAGGUUUCCUUCUCUCCUGUAUCUCCGAUUCGAUCGGAGAAGAAGAGGAAAACCGCCGAAAGAAGCUCCAACAAGAGAGUUUACUACACCAAAGUCGAAUUCGAUUCCGUCGAGUUCCAAAUAGGCGACGAUGUUUACGUUAAGAGAAAAGAAGACGAAGAAGACGACGACGACGCCGAAUUCGAAGAUUGCCGGAUCUGCUUCAAAUCAGGAAGUAGCAACAACGUGAUGCUCGAGUGCGACCAUUGCUUAGGCGGGUUCCAUCUCAAAUGCUUGAAGCCGCCGUUGAAAGAAGUCCCCGAAGGCGAUUGGAUCUGUCAGUUUUGUCAAGGCCACACGCUCGAGGCUCCGAAGCCACCGGAAGGGAAGAAGGUGGCGAGAACCGCGAGGGAGAAGCUUCUCUCGAGCGAUCUAUGGGCUGCUCGGAUCGAGAAGCUAUGGAGAGGAGCGGACGGUGUGUAUUGGGUUCGUGCUCGUUGGUAUAUGAUACCUGAAGAGACUGCUUCGGGGCGUCAACCGCAUAAUCUGAAACGAGAGGUUUAUUUAACGAAUGAUUUUGCUGACGUGGAGAUGAGAUCUGUGCUUAGGCAUUGUUUUGUCAAGUCUCCUAAGGAGUUUGCGAAGGCGAGUAACGAUGGUGAUGAUGUGUUUUUGUGUGAGUAUGAGUACGAUGUGCAUUGGCAUAGCUUCAAGCGUUUGGCUGAAUUGGCUGAUGGAGAUUGCGAGAGUGAUGACCAUGAGUGGAUGAAAGAAGAAGAAGAGGUUGGUGAUAGUGAUGAUGAAGUGAUGGAGGUUGAAGAUGAAGCAAGUGUGCGUGAUUCCAAGAGUAAGAGAGGUUUAGCGAGUUCAAAAGCUGCUAAUUCGCUUAAAGGAAGGUUCUUUGGACUCGACAAGGUCGGAGCGAAGAGGAUUCCUGAGCAUGUGAGAUGCCAUAAGCAGAGUGAGUUGGAGAAAGCGAAAGCUACUUUGUUGUUGGCGACAAGGCCUAAGUCUCUUCCUUGUAGGAACAAGGAGAUGGAAGAGAUCACUGCGUUUAUAAAAGGUUCCAUCUCGGAUGAUCAGUGUUUAGGAAGGUGUAUGUACAUUCACGGUGUUCCCGGGACAGGGAAGACUGUUAGUGUGCUAUCUGUUAUGAAGAAUCUGAAGGCUGAGGUUGAAGCAGGGAUCGUAAGCCCGUAUUGCUUCGUGGAGAUCAACGGUCUCAAACUGGCUUCGCCUGAGAAGAUUUACACUGUGAUCUACGAAGCAUUGAGUGGUCAUCGCGUUGGUUGGAAGAAAGCUUUACACUCUCUGAAUGAGAGAUUUUCAGAAGGGAAACGUAUUGGGAAAGAGGACGAGAAGCCUUGCAUACUUCUCAUCGACGAGCUUGAUCUUCUGGUUACUAGAAACCAGUCUGUUCUAUACAACAUUUUGGAUUGGCCCACCAAGCCUAACUCCAAGCUGAUUGUGUUGGGGAUAGCCAACACUAUGGAUCUUCCGGAGAAGCUGCUUCCUCGGAUCUCAAGCCGAAUGGGUAUACAGAGACUAUGCUUCGGUCCUUAUAACCACACUCAGCUACAAGAAAUCAUCUCCACAAGGCUGAAAGGGAUCGACGCUUUCGAGAAGCAAGCCAUUGAGUUUGCUUCGAGGAAAGUAGCUGCGAUCUCAGGAGAUGCAAGACGUGCCCUCGAGAUAUGCAGGCGUGCAGCUGAAGUGGCGGAUUACCGUCUAAAGGACAACACAUCUGCAAAGAACCAGCUGGUGGUUAUGUCAGAUGUUGAAGCGGCGAUCCAAGAGAUGUUUCAAGCACCUCACAUUCAAGUUAUGAAGAGCGUUUCGAAACUGAGUAAGAUCUACUUGACGGCUAUGGUUCAUGAGCUUUACAAGACAGGAAUGGCUGAGACAACGUUUGAUAGAGUGGCGACGACUGUGUCGUCUCUUUGCGGAACCAAUGGAGAAGCUUUUCCUGGUUGGGACGUUCUUCUCAAAGUGGGUUGCGAGCUUGGUGAAUGCAGAAUCAUUCUCUGUGAGCCUGGAGAGAGGCAUAGGUUGCAGAAGCUGCAGCUGAACUUUCCAAGUGAUGAUGUUGCUUUUGCAUUGAAAGACAACAAGGAGCUUCCAUGGCUGGGAAAUUACUUGUGAGUUUUUUUCUUUUUGCUGAUUAUUGAAUCCAGAAACUUUAUUUUAAGUUAAAAGACUUAGUUUUGUUGAUUCAUGUUGGAUGAUCAUCUGGAUUUGUAUCUGUUUUUCGUUUUGAAAUGUUGUCAUGUAUUCCUUUGUUUGUGUAAUCACAUACAGAGUUAUGUUUUUUAUUCUUCAUAUGCAAGAACAUGGUCUCUCCAUGUUAUUGAGAAAGCAAACGUUAUCA